CUAUCUUUGAAAGUCAGAAUCCAGUUGUGAUAAAUUGUCAAACUGAUAACAGUGUAAUUGAAAUUGAACAAGAGUAUUGAAAAUAUUUUUAAACUUACAUGCAAACAUUUAUUGUACUUAUUAUAGCAUUUGAAGGCUUUUGAAAAUGGAAACAGACAAUCAAAAUAUUCAUAAAACUCAAGUAUGCAACUAUCUGAGCGAAUACAUUCUGAAGGAAGACGAAAACUUAUGUCUUGGUUGAAUCAACAAAUGAAAGUUAAUUUAAUAGAUGGCCGUAUUUUAGUAGGAACAUUUGUCUGUACUGAUAAGGAUGCCCAUAUUAUACUUAAUACAUGUUAUGAAUACUUCAAUGAAAAAGAUUUAGAAACUGGAGAAUCUCGGCUUUUAGGCUUAGUAAUGAUACCUGGACGACAUAUUAUUUCAAUUCAUACAGAUGUACAACAAACAAAUGAGCAACCUAUAAAUUCAUCAAAUUUUGAAGAAAUUUCAUAAUUUUAAAUGAUUUCAGUUAUAAUUUAAUUGUUGUGCUUAUUUUUUCAUCAUCGUUAAUUUUUAAUUUAAGUCCUACAUUAUUAUUUUUCAUCAAAAUAUUAACAGAUUUUGAAGUAUAUCUGUAAGAAAAUUACAAAUGUAACAACUUUAUGUAGUAUUUAUAUUAAUAAUACAUAUUUUCAUACU